UGGACCGGCUGAGGGAGACCGUAUCCUUCCCGCUGCCGCCGGGGAGGAGGCGCGGGGCCUAGCGGCUGGGCGGCAGCCUGCUCCUUAACCGAGCGCCCCGGUACGGGAUAGCGUUCCGCCUGCAGUACCUGGCCCCGUCGCCGGCAGGGAAGAGGAACGUUAAACCUCGUCUUCCCGUCUCAUGGACGCCUUGGGGUGGCACGUAGGCCUGGCAGCAGUUCUCGGUUUGACGUUCCUAGCGAGUCUCGGCUUGCGGUACCGGCCGCCCGGGUUCUGUAGCGGUGGGCGUCCGGGCAUGGAGCGUUGCUGUAGGCCUGGAGCGAAGUCCCCGCGCUCGGCUCCAGUCUCCGCAUGCUGUCGGGCCGCCGGUGUAUAGCUGUGGGUGGCGCGUUAUUCCGAAGGUGCUACUGCGCUGAUGCUCUGGGUGUUCGCAGUAACGGGUGAAGCGGAAGGCUCAGUGCCUAGGGAGGAGUGGCAUGGCCGUGUUACUGCGCUCUCUGUUGCACCAGAAUUUCGACGGCUGGGCUUGGCCGCUAAAUUGAUGGAACUACUGGAAGGAAUUUCAGAAAAAAAGGGUGGAUUUUUCGUCGAUCUCUUUGUGAGAGUAUCAAAUCAGGUUGCGGUAAAUAUGUAUAAGCAACUGGGCUACAGUGUGUACCGGGCGGUGUUAGAGUACUACUCUGCUAGCAGUGGAGAGCCAGAUGAAGAUGCUUAUGCCUGCCAUUUCCUUUCCGUUCAGCUGAGUUUCAUGCAGCGUCGCAUUCCAAUUGAUAACAUUGCUGCUGAACGAGAUGAAGGACAUCAAACUAUUCGAGCGUGUCCAGAGGAGGGCCACCAAGAUGGUGAAAGGUCUCGAGGGCAAGACUUGCGAGGAGCGAGAAGAGCAGGAUACGAGAAAAGCUCUUUCCAGAGAUAUGGAGAAGAAAUCGAUUAUACCUCUGCCUCAUCCUGUGAGACCAGAAGAUUCUGAGUAACUGUAAGCUGUGAUUCCCAGGCAACUUCCUAAGUGUGUCAGGUUCCUUCUGCCCCCAGCCCCCAAGAACUUAUGGGCACGGGACUGAACUUAGGUUCACUGCUGAUUUGAAAAAGCCACACAAUCAAAGCAGUCAAGGGUCUCCAUCCGCUAUGGACCAGAUUCAAGACCAAUUCGGUGUUCUGGGUACCCAUACAGACCUUAACAUGCUGUGUCCGCUGAAGUAAUCUGCGGUAAAGAUUUCUUGUUUUCUCAUACUCCUCUUGCUCAAUUUCAAAGUCAAUGUAGGAUUUCCAAGGAACCUGCAAAAGAGUCUCCUUAUGUUCACAGCAUCCUCAGACAACCCUGUAUCUAACACUGAGAUAAUGCAAUUUAUUUUUUUUAAUGGAGGAGCAUGAAUACAUGUGGAAUUUGCAGAAAUGCAAUUCAGAGAUCAGAGUAUUAAUUGACUGUAUGAGCUAGGAUUAAGACUAAGUAAUAAUCAGAUCUUGGGCAUGUAAUCCAUUUAGCUUACUCCUGUGAGCAUGUUUCUCCCUU